CUGUCUGUCAGUCUACUCAGAUACCUUAAUUUCAUGCCAUCAUUACAAAUCUAGGCACCAAUCUGUUUCUCAUCAUUUCUCAUCUGUGUUCUUCCCUCAUGUAUGUUUGUAACCCACAAUUAACUAUCCGUGCACUUAUAAUGAAUGGGACUUCCCCCUUUCUAGGAAUCAAAUGAAAAUCGUGAUAUUUCCCUUUGGAAAUGAUAGAUCUAUUGAUUGGCCUUCCCCAAUCCUGCUAUUCAUUAUUUUCAAUGAAAGAUUUUCCAAGAGGGUGCUUCAUGUAUUUGAUAUAUGCGGAGGAAAAGCUAGGUCUGUACAGUGAGUCAGACGAAAAUUAUCAUACUGGUAGGUCUGCGGUACAUGGAGGAUCUGACUCAUUCUGUGUUUUUAGCCAGGAAAUUAUAUUCAACUCUCUAGGAGAAAAAAGAGGAAUUAUUUUUCGGGUUUAACCCUGAGAGAACCACCCAGAGGCUCCAUAGGCUAAGGACAGAACAUAAAUGGCCAAGGUGCUGUUAGGUUGUGAUACCUUUGUGGCCCUCCCGCCUGCCACUGAGGGAGGGGGUGUGGUCUUUGGGAAGAACUCUGACCGGCCUGAGGAUGAGGUCCAGGAGGUGGUCAGUCUGCCUGCAGCUGACCACCCAGCAGGAAGCAAACUACAGUGUACUUACAUAGAGAUCGAGCAGGUGCCACACACGUAUGCCGUCGUGCUGUCAAAACCAGCAUGGAUGUGGGGGGCAGAGAUGGGAGCCAACGAGCAUGGCGUAUGCAUCGGCAACGAGGCCAUCUGGUCCAAAAUAGAUUCAGAGUCGGAGGAGAGGUUGCAAGGGAUGGAUUUAGUUAGAUUAGGCUUAGAGAGAGGCAAGACGGCCAAGGAAGCAAUGGACAUAAUGACCGCCUUGCUGGAAAAGCAUGGUCAAGGAGGUCCUAGCUUUGAUGAUGCUGAUGGUUGGACGUAUCAUAAUAGUUAUAUAAUUGCUGACCGUUCUGAAGCCUGGGUGUUGGAGACAGUGGAUCGUAUAUGGGUGGCUGAACAUAUCACAAGUGGAGUUAGAAACAUCUCCAAUGAACUCUCAAUAAGAACCAAAAUGGAUGCCAAGUGUUCCUCAGUCGAGGCCCAUGCGCAGGAGAAUGGACUAUGGAAACCAGAGACUGGCCCGCUAGACUUUGCCAAGGUGUAUUCAGAUAUGACUCCAAGAGACCCGGUUCUGGGGGUAGGACGCUAUGGAACAGGAAGGAAGCUGAUGCAGAAAUACUCAGAAAAAGGCACUUUCAAUAUAGUCAACAUGAUGACAAUUCUAAGAGACGAGCGCAGCGGCAUCUGUAUGGGCACAGGAGCGGGCUUCGUCAGUGCGGGGAGCCAGGUCUCUUUUCUCCCUCCCCCAGGGUCCCCUCUCCCUGCCUGCCAUUGGUUCACAGCCACGCCCGAUCCGGAGAAAUCCAUCUAUAAGCCUUACGUCUUCAGCGAGGAAAAUGCCAAAUUAGCGAUGACAACGUCGAAGGAUUAUGGUGCAGAGGAUCCUGUUAGAGUCAAGCCUCGAUUCCAAUCAAAAGUGGAUCGAAAACACCCUCUGUAUAAAUCGCAUGAAAAAUUUGUGGCCCUUUUGGAAAAAGAAGACCCCAAAGGAAUAGAACUUGCGAAAAAUAUCAAGGAAUUGGAAAUGAGCUGCAUUGGAGAUGUUAAAGAUAUUUUGGAUAAUUUUGAUGAGAAGAGCGUUUCAAGAUUGUCUGGGCUGUUUAACAAGAUGGUCCAACUAGAAAUUAAUUUCUAUGAUAUGUUGUAGUUGCUAAUACGACAAUCAGUUUUUGUGGUCUCCCCUCCCCCCAAGACGCCUUUUCUGUUAUGUUUGUUUGUGUCCCUUUCUACUCAUGAUUGUGAUACUUCAUGAGAAAAAUUUGAAGGUGGUUUUUAAGCAGAAAAAAUAUUUUAACAGACACUUUUAAUAUCUAUCUUUAUACCCCCCAGCCUUGUCCUGAAUCUAUCAGUCACCUGUAAACCUCCUUUUUUUGCCCUCAGAUAAUCUUUUAUCAGAAAAUUUAACUUAAAGAACAAUAUUUUUGGGAUAACAAAAAGGACAGUGAUAAUCAAAAAUGAUUGUCCACAAUAUUUAUCUCUGUACUAUUGUCCCUGCAGUUGCUCUCUUCUGUUGUCGUACACGUUGACUGCUAGAUGCAUGCUCAGCAUGUGCAUGUUUAUAUGCAAAAUCUAACUAUUCAAACCAGAGUGUUAAUAAUACAAUAGAAAUGUGGUUCAUCAAAUUAUAAUUUAGUAAAUUAGUGAGCUAGAUAUGUCAAUUAUUAUGGUGUUUAUAGCUCAGAUAUUCUCUAAAGUAACCAAAAAUUUAACCAAAUUUUGUUUUCAAAUAUAUGCUUAAUAAGCACCAUGGUCAGCUUGAUGGAUUAAGUACAUGUUUACAAUAAUUUAAUGCUUUAUUUUUUUCGAUGAUUAUGCUAUUUAUUUUAAUUUAGAACGUAAAUUGUGAUGUU